UUUAAAUCCGAUGGAAGAAGUAGACGAUGUAGAUGAAAAUGAGUUCAACCAAGAGGAAAUAGAGGAUAUUAUACAAGAAUCUAUAGAGAAAGUACUGGAAAAUCAAAAAUUUGAUGAGACAAAGGUACAGCAAUGGAUCAAUGAUAUUUGUGAGAGAGUUAUGACCGGACUCAAUAAGUUGUGAAAAGCGUAUAAGUAUGUGUGCAAUUGACUCAUACAACAGAAGAUUGAUGCAGGGUUUCAUACAACAGCUACCUGAGUGUGGGAGAGUCUUUCAGAUGGGUUGGUGACUGUCCAGUAUCCGAAAGGACGUGCAAAAGAGCCUCCUCUACAAGGAAUACAGUGAAUAUGAACCGUGUUCUGAGUAAAGUUUUAAAUCUAUAUCAAUUUAAAAAUUUAUUUAA